AUGCCGUGUGGAGGUUGCAGAACAUCAAAACGCCAGACAAAAAUGCAGGAACGCAUCAAGGGACUCAAAUCUGAGCUCCGUCAAACUAGAAAGAAGUGCAAAGCAAUUUAUAAAGCAAAAUUAAAACAGAAAGCGAAAAUCUCAAGGAUCUUUGGAAAAAAACAGACUCAAGGCUUGUCAAGAGAUGGAAUAAGAGAAUGCAAGUGGAUAUCAAGUAUUAAUGAAAUGUUAGAAGAGGGCAGUGAGUAUGCCGUCAUGCUGUAUACAUGGAGAAGCUGUGCUAGAGCCAUUCCUGCAAUUAAAUCUAAUGAGCAACCCAACAGAGUUGAGAUUUACGAGAAGACUGUGGGAGUAUUGGAACCCGAAGUGUCAAAGUUGAUGAAUUUUAUGUACUUUCAAAGGAAAGUGGUUGAAAGGUUUUGCUCUGAAGUCAAGCGUUUAUGUCAUCACGGUAAGAGGAAUGACUUUGUAUCAGAAGCCUAUCUAUUGACAUUAGGCAAAUUUCUCAAUAUGUUCGCUGUAUUAGAUGCACUGAAGAACAUGAAAUCCAGUAUCAAGAACGACUAUGCUCAGUAUAGAAGAGCUGCUCAGUUUCUGCGAAAGAUGGCAGAUCCUUCGUCAAUUCAAGAAUCUCAAACACUGUCCAUGUUCCUAGCUAACCAUGAUAAGAUAACAAAUACGCUCAAGGAAUAUCUAGAGAAGAUCCCAGGUUACGAGGAGUUGUUAGCAGACAUUGUCAACAUGUGUUCAUUUCAUUAUGAAAAUAAAAUGUAUUUACUGCCCAAUGAAAAGCAUUUACUUCUCAAGGUCAUGGGUUUUUGUUUAUUUUUAAUGGACAGCAAUGUUAGCAAUAUUUAUAAAAUGGACAACAAAAAGAAAAUUAAUAUAGCCAAAAUUGAUAAAUUUUUCAAGCAACUUGAAGUUGUACCACUUUUCGGUGACAUGCAGAUACCAUUGUUUAGCUACAUUAAAAAUGGUCCAAACUAUAGUGAGAACAAAUCGCGAUGGACUUGUGGAAAUAACACCAACGCCAAUUCCCAGUACAACCUUCUAGAGCAGCUUGUGCAUAUACGAGAAAGCCACACUCGAUAUAUCAGUGAACUUGCCAAGCAUAGCAAUGAGGUUGUUACAACAGCUCAAAAGGUGACCAGUAGAUCAGAUGAAGAAAAUAAACAUCUUCGUGACUUAGCUUUAAAAGGAGUUCAAUUGUUAGCUAGCUGGACGUCACUGGUUAUGGAAUUGUAUUCCUGGAAGUUAGUGCAUCCCGUUGACUGUUAUUUUAAUACAUGUCCCAAAGAGGCUGAAGAGUAUGAAAGGGCGACACGGUACAACUACAACAGCGAUGAGAAGUUUGCAUUAAUAGAAGUCAUUGCAAUGAUAAAGGGAUUGCAAGUACUAAUGAAUAGAAUGGAAAGUGUUUUCAUUGAAGCUAUCUUGCGUGCUAUCUACGCUGAAAUACAAGACUUUGUACAGCUGGAUCUACGAGAUCCACUCAGACAAGCGAUUAAAAAAAAGAAAAAACUUAUAGAAAGUAUUAUUAAAUCAGUACGUGAGACAUGUGCUGAUUGGCUGCGUGGUAACGAACCUCAUGAUGACCCGGCACUGCGAGGUGAGAAGGAUCCAAAAACUGGAUAUAACCUGCAUGUACCGCGAAGAAGUGUAGGACCGUCAAGUACACAGCUUUAUAUGAUGAGGACAAUGCUGGAAUCCUUAAUUUCUGAUAAAGGUGGUAGUGGUAAGAAGACACUACGUAAGGAAUUGGACAGCACAGCCUCAGACUCCAUUGAUAGUUUUCAUAAGAAGUCUUUCUUUUAUCAACAUCUUUUAAAUUUUUCAGAUGCUUUACAGCAGUCUUGUGAUCUAUCACAGUUAUGGUACAGGGAAUUUUAUUUGGAACUUACAAUGGGCAAAAGAAUACAGUUUCCUAUAGAGAUGUCCAUGCCGUGGAUAUUAACAGAUCAUAUAUUAGAAACUAAAGAACCCUGCAUGAUGGAGUAUGUCUUGUAUCCACUAGAUUUAUAUAGCGACAGUGCUCACUAUGCAUUAAUUAAAUUUAAGAAGCAAUUUCUUUAUGAUGAAAUAGAGGCUGAGGUGAAUUUAUGCUUUGAUCAGUUUGUGUAUAAAUUGAGUGAUCAGAUAUUCGGUUAUUAUAAAGCACAGGCAGGAAGCAUAUUAUUGGAUAAGAGAUUCCGAGCAGAUUGUGGUGCACAUGGUAUUCAUAUACCAUACCCACCACCAAAUAGAUAUGAGACAUUACUGAAACAAAGACAUGUCCAGCUUCUUGGGCGAUCCAUAGAUCUGAACCGACUGAUAACGCAGCGUAUUAGUAGUGCCAUGCAAAAAUCCUUGGAAUUAGCAAUAAAUAGAUUUGAAAGUGGGGACAUAACCGGCAUUAUGGAGCUGGAAGGUCUGUUAGAUGUUAAUCGACUUACACACAAAUUGCUCAGUAAGCAUUUAACGUUAAGUGACUUUGGAUCUAUGUUUCGUGAAGCUAACCACAAUGUCCUGGCUCCCUAUGGUAGAAUUACUUUACAUGUGUUCUGGGAGCUAAACUAUGACUUCCUGCCAAACUAUUGUUUUAAUGCUGCAACAAACAGGUUUGUGUUAACUCGUUAUUCCUAUGUGCAACCGUUGGGUCGUGACAAGCCACCACAUGCAGCCGCACACUACCUUUAUGGAUCCAAGGCUCUUAAUAGUGCUUAUACCAAUAUUUACAGUCUUUACAAUAAUUUUGUGGGGGCACCACAUUUCGAGGCCAUUGUUCGUCUUCUUGGUUACCAGGGUAUUGCUGUGGUGAUGGAGGAACUUCUUAAAAUUGUGAAGAGCUUGCUUCAAGGUACUAUUCUUCAGUAUGUCAAGACAUUAAUGGAAGUCAUGCCUAAAGUAUGUAAAUUACCCAAAUAUGAAUAUGGAUCACCCGGCGUCCUUGGCUACUACCACGCUCACUUGGAGUCAAUUAUCCAGUAUGCUGAGCUCAAGACUGAUGUGUUUCAGAGUUUCAGAGAAGUUGGCAAUGCUGUUUUAUUCUGUCUACUCAUAGAGCAGAGUUUAGCGCAGGAAGAAGUCUGCGACCUCCUGCAUGCUGCUCCAUUCCAAAACAUCAUUCCAAGGCCUUUUGUUAAAGAUGGAGAGAAACUGGAAAGUAAGAUGAAGAAAUUGGAAGGAAAAUAUGCACCCUUACAAGUAGUACCAAUAAUAGAAAAGCUAGGAACUGCUGAGCAAGCACAGAUAGCAAGAGAAGGAGAUUUGUUGACAAAAGAGAGACUUUGCUGCGGCCUAACAAUGUUUGAGAUUGUCUUGACACGGAUAAAGACGUUUCUUGAUGACCCUGUGUGGCAUGGUGAACCCCCAGCUAAUGGUGUAAUGAAUAUAGACGAGUGUACUGAAUUCCAUCGGCUCUGGAGUGCUAUACAAUUUGUCGUUUGUCUGCCACUCAAACUAAACGAGUUCACUGUGGAGGAAUGUUUUGGUGAAGGUUUGAACUGGGCCGGCUGUGUUCUUAUAGUGUUACUCACACAGCAAAGGCGGUUUGAAGCGCUUGAUUUCUGUUACCACGUGCUAAGAGUCCAAAGGGUUGAUGCGAGGGAAGACUCUGUCAAAGGCAUCGCAUUGAAGAGGUUUGUGGACAGAGUUCGGAAAUUUCAAAUUCUCAACUGUCAAAUUUUCUCUAUUCUCAACAAGUACCUGAAAUCCAGUGAUUCUGAUAACUUGCCAGUGGAACAAGUCAGGUGUUAUCAACCUCCAAUACAUCAAUCAGUAGCCAAUAAUAUCUGAGGUGAUUGUGUGUUGAAGUCAAGUAAUGGCCGUCAAGUCCAAGAACCAGUAGUAGCACUCUGUUGAGUGUUUUCACUUCACAGAUAGCCAAAAUCAAUUGAAAUUUGAUUUCCUGUAGCUGUUACAUAUCACUUAAUUGGACAUCUUCACCGUGAAGUAUGAACUAACAGUCAUGUAACCAUGGCAAUGUAUCAGGCAAUACUCUUGCUAUACUGUCUUUCUGCACUAUUUGUCGUAAUAAUAUAUCAUGUAUUUACAACCAAUUGGUUGAGUCGAUGAACAAAAAAAAACUGCCAUACUCUCUCACACUCAUGAUUACACAUUGAGGCUUUAAACCUUGAAACUCAAAAUACAAUUUUUUAUAUUAAUAUAAUUUCUUAAUUCAAUUUCGUGUUUUACCGGGAAAAUAUGUUUACAAUCUUCUGAUUUAUGAUAACGAAUGCUAACAAAAAUUUGUUUAAUUUAGGAUUUCUGUAAAUGUAAAAUAUACUUCAAUGUGUGCUUUAGAGAUAGAUGACAGACAUAGUGCUCUCCAUCCUGGCUCCGCCAUCUCAUUCCCAUCUAACAUACUUUGGAACAGGUGGAUUUACUAUACCAAUA